ACCUCACCAUUCGGUGUACACAGCUAACCGAUUUUCUUCGCUACUAAUGAUGGCGCUUCCGAACAAGUAUCAAAAUGGCAGCAUUGACUCCUCGGUCAAGGGCGUAUAUCGAGCUUCCCCCAUCAAGCUUAUGAUAUAUGGAAAUGGGACAAGCAAUCAAUUGUCAGAUGUCGUUGCAGAACUCGGAGGAACCAAAGCGUUCAUCAUUACCGGUCGAUCACUGUACGAGAAGACUCCAGUGAUCAAGAACAUCGAGAAGGCACUUGGCGCUGCGCACGGUGGAACUUUCAGCAAGAUUGGACAACAUGCACCAAUUCAAGAUAUCCGGGAAGCCACGGCGUUAAUGUCGAAAUCCGGAUGCGAUGUUCUCAUAGCAAUAGGCGGUGGAUCACCUAUUGACUCUGCUAAGGCUAUUGCAUACAACAUCCACCAAGAAACGGGAAAAUGGGUACCUAGCAUUGCCGUACCGACGACACUGAGCGUAGCUGAGACAACACAAAACGCUGGCUUCACUACAGAAGAGAAGCAUAAAAUCGCCGUCAGCCAUCCAGAGCUCGUACCGAAAGCUGUGGUAUAUGAUGGCAAUCUUGCAAUAUACACGCCACUCACUCUAUGGACAAGCACGGGUAUUCGGUCACUGGACCAUGCAGUCGAGCUAAUGUACCACCCGCUUGCCGCCGAGAUACCAACGAAGCGCAUGUGCUUGGAGGCUAUCAAAGAUCUCUUCGCCUACCUCCCGCAAUCCAAAGACAAUCCAGAUGACGCGGAGGUACGCACGAAACUCUUCCUCGCGUGCUAUUCAUCGCUCUUUCCCUUCCUCUACACUGGCGGCGUGGGUCUUAGCCACAGCAUCGGCCACGCCAUUGGCGCUACAUACAGCAUUCCACACGGCAUCACAAGCUGCCUAAGUCUAGCGCCAACAGUGCAAUUCAAGGCCAGUAACCCGGAAGAAGCAAAGCAAAUCGCCAGGAUCAUCCCAUACAUUGGGAGGCAAAGUUCGGGAAGCGAUGAAAAGGACUCGCUAGUUGUGGCAAAUGCUAUCGCGAGCCUUGUCCAACAGCUUGGACACAAGACCACUUUGACAGCUUAUAAGGUUCCCACUGGCGAUGCUGAACAAGAAGCUAUCGCAUCUCGUGCACUGCAUAGCAAGGAUCACAAGGAUUUCGCCAGUUUCGUCCUAUUACGAUUUAAUUACGUCUUUACGACUCCAACGCCCACGAUACUCACGAUGCAACGGACAUUUCUCUUCGCGGCUCGCCGCAAUGGUCCAGCCAUUCGCUUCUUUUCCAGCACAGCAAUGCGACCAGCGAUAAACAAGAUAGUCGCAUCUGCACAUGAAGCCAUCAAGGAUCUAAAAUCGGACAGCACAGUACUUGUUGGUGGCUUUGGGUUUUCUGGGGUACCGAAUACAUUGAUCAACGCUCUGCGCGACCGAUCAGACCUCACCAACUUCACGGUCGUUAGCAACAAUGCGGGGAUGCCUGGCGUCGGCCUCGGACAGCUGCUUGAAACCAAGCAAAUUGGGACGAUGGUUGCAAGUUACAUCGGAGACAACAAAGUGUUCGAACAGAUGUAUUUGAAGGGGCAGCUGAGCUUGGAAUUGACACCUCAAGGCACAAUUGCGGAGAAGUGCGCUGCUGGUGCGGCUGGUGUACCGGCCUUCUACACACCUGCAGCUUAUGGAACAAUAGUACAAACUGGUGAACUCCCGGUCCGCUACAACACCGACGGAACAAUUGCGAAAAUGGCCCCUCCCAAAGAAACUCGCGAGUUCAACGGCAAAGCUUACGUCCUCGAAGAAGCGAUAUAUGGCGAUUACGCUUUCGUCAAGGUGGCGAAAGCCGACCGUUUGGGCAACUGCCAGUUCCGCAAAGCGCAAAACAACUUCAACGAAGCGAUGGGCAAGAAUGCAAAGAUCACGAUUGUGGAGGCGGACGAGAUUGUGGAGGAUGGACAAAUAGCGCCGGAAGACAUUCAUUUGCAGGGAAUAUAUGUCAAGAAGGUCAUUAAGAGUACCGAGAAGAAGGAGAUUGAGAGGUUGGUGCAUUGGAAGACGCCCGAGGAGCAGAAGAAGGCAUUGCUGGCAGGUGGUUCAACAGAAGCAUCACAGAAGCGAGAGCGCAUCAUCAAGCGAGCCGCGCAGGAGUUGAAGGAUGGCAUGUAUGUCAACCUCGGUAUCGGCAUGCCUCUUGCAGCACCUGCUUUCCUGCCGGAAGGCACCGAAAUCAUUCUAGAGUCUGAGAAUGGUAUUUUGGGCAUGGGCAGAUAUCCCAAGCCUGGUGAAGAAGAUCCGGAUCUUAUCAAUGCCGGCAAAGAGACCGUAACUUUGAUUCAAGGAGCAUCCACAUUCGGCAGCCACGAGAGCUUUGGUAUGAUUCGAUCUGGGCGAAUCGACGUCGCAAUGCUAGGCGCAAUGCAAGUUAACCAAUACGGAGAUCUUGCAAACUUCAUGCUUCCCGGCAAAGUGAAAGGCAUCGGUGGGGCCAUGGAUCUCGUCGCAAACCCCACCCAGACUAAAGUGGUAAUCACUAUGGAGCACGUCGACAAGAAGGGAAACCCGAAGAUCCUGAACCAAUGCACGUUCCCGUUAACAGGGCAGAAGUGUGUUUCGACGAUUAUCACGGAUCUGGCUGUGUUCGACGUCGAUCGUAUUGAGGGCCUUACACUGAAGGAGUAUGCGAAGGGCGUCACAGUUGAUGAGAUCAAGGCAAAGACAGAAGCACCGUUCAAGGUCGCGGAGGACUUGAAAGAGAUGAACGUUUAAGCUUAGAGAAGAGCAGCAGAAAGUUGAAAAGGUGUUCUGGCUUUGCAUUAGGGUGUAAGUAAGCGCAAGGCGUUCAGGCUUUGUCGAUUGUUCAUCAUAUCACCAGCAAAUAUACCGUUUCCGUCU